AUGCACGUGGUGCUGGAGGACCAGGGCGUCAGCUGGGUGCCAGCUGACGGCCAGCAGGUGCUCCUGGAUGCGGGGGCUGGCUGCCUGCACACCGUGGAGGGGCGGCUGGUGGCCUCCAUCCGGCUCCCCGGGGCGCACCCCGACGUCUCCGGCGCCCCGGCCACGGCCAGCCCCGUGUCGACCUCCACCUCCCCUGACCGGCCGGGCGGUCGGGCCUGGUCCCCGCCUGGGGGCUCCCCCCCGCCGUCCCAGAGCCCCCGGACUGGCGCGAGGGGCCCGCCCGCCGCACACACGCGCGCGCUGUCGCGCGAGGACAGCCUGGCCAGCAGCGCCACGCUGCGCACGGGUCUGGUGUCGGCGGGCCCCCCCGUGCGCGGCAUGCUGGCCUCGCUGGACGGGACGCUGAGCGCACUGAGGCGCGGCGGGCGCCAGCUGGAGAUCAUCGACCACACCACGGGUAACAUGCGGCGGGAUGUGGACCUGCUGGGCUUCUUCUGGGUGGAGACCACGGACCACUCCCCCCAGCUGGUGAUGGUCACCCCCCCGGGGCUGGAGAUCUACGGCCUCCAGGCAAGCACAUGGGAUGGACCGCAGUGGUGGGGACUUGGGCUGGCUUUUGAGUGGGGCCAGCACGAGGGAAGGGGUUGUGCUAGAGCGGUGCAAGCCAGGCCCGCACGCCAGGGCCUGCGCCUGCUGUCCCACCUGGCCGCCCCCGACACCCGCUGGUACCGCUUCGACCCCGAGUCACGCAUUGCGCUGCUGGGCUUCGGCCCGGGCGGCGCGCGCCUGCAGCCCCUCCAGUUCCUGCCCGCCGGCCCCGCCCGCCUGCCCAUGCUGGACCUGGGCCCGCCCUGGGUCUCCUCCCCUGUGCGCGGGUCGGGGGAGGACCCCAUGCCGCGCGCCGGCGCCUGCGCCGCCCAUGUCUGGCUGGUCACGCUGUACGGCCAGGUGCACUGCGCGCACCACGAGCCCCCGCAGCGCAGCCUGCGCCUGUUCCGCAUCGUGGUGGACAACCUGCUGGCCGUCCACCUCCUCGCCGCCCACGUGACCCUGCUCUACGACGUGGCGGCACCGGGGGCGGAGCCGCUGUGCGCGCCGCUGCCCAUCGGCGGGGCCCGCCUCGCGCCCGGCGGCGGGGUGGCGGGUGGUGAUGGCGGCGCCGGAGGGGGUGGCGGCGUGGACGACGGCGACGGCGGCGCCCCGCGCCAGGAGGAUGGGCCCCAAGCCGCCGACCGCGGCCUGGACGGGAGGGCGCUGGUGCCGGGCACGCACUCUGGCGGCGUGCAGGGCGGGACGGCCCUGGCGGAUGCGGCGCAGGAGUGCGGCGAGGGGUACGCGCCGGACUCCGCUGAGGGCCUGGCCGAUGCGGUGAGGGACGGCGAGCCCCUGCUCCAGGUGCGCCGGGGGUUCGAUGCGGCGCUGCGGCGGCACGUCCCCGGGCCCACCGGGAUCGCGGGGGGGCGCCUGGUCGGGCCCACGCUCCCGGGGCCACACGUCUCCUCCAGGGCGAGUAGUGAGAGGGUGGAGUGGCAUCGCGUGGUGGUGGGCGGGAUGAGGCUCCAGCAGGAGUGCAUGGGCGCCAGGUGCCAGAGCGAGGUGCUGCGUCCCCUGCUCGCCACCGCCCCUCCCCAGCGCCUCCUUGCCUGCACCCUGGAGUUUGUGUCUGCCUGCCAGGCGGCAGGGGCGGAGAUCGACCUCGGCCUGGGCCUGCUGGUCCUCGACCUGCUCACAGUCACGGGGGAGGUGCACCGUCUGCGGCGGCUGCUGGACGCACACCCGCCCCUGGCCAGCUCCGCCCUGGCAAACACGCUGCUGCUGACACAGGGGCCGCAGAGCGACAUUGGCCCCCCGCUGCACGUCUUCUCGCUGGUCGGGGACCACGCGGCUGCGGUGGCGCUGCUCCUGCGCGGCGGGGAGGUGGAGGCCGCGCUGCACCUGGCUCGCAGGCACCGCGUGGCGACGCCGCGCCCCGCAGCGUUUCUGGAAAGGGCGGCGCAGGAAGGGAACCCUGCCCUAGUUGCGGCCCUGCACCGCCUGUGCUCGGCCCACUCCACGCCGCGGCCGCCGGCGCUGGACACGCUGCUGCUUGCGGCAAAGUUCAGGCACCCGGGUGCCUGGCCAGCUUGA